AUGAGGAAAAAAGAAGAGGGAGAAGGAGCCAGCAAGAAACAGCUGGGGAAUGAAAGGAAAGUGGAAGUUGGAAAUUGAGAGACCAAAGAUUGCAUCCAACCCACAUUCUAAACCAAACCACACCAUUUCAUACUUUCACACUUUCACACUUUCACUUCACCACAACACAUACACUUUUGUUUUUUUCUCUUUCUUUUUCUUUCAUUGGAGUGAAGCAUUGCUGCAUGAUCAAUCAAUAAACCCUCUUUCUUUUUUCUCUUUCCCUUUCACAUUUUGAUUGAUUCAGAUCCGCAAUGGCACCCAACAACAACAGAACAAAGGGAUCGCAUUUUCCUCUGCUUGCCUUCCUCCUUCUGUGCCUCCUUGCGCCCCUUCUCUUCUUCCGCGCAUCGCCCCUUCAUACUUUUCACGAUCAAGGUGGUAAUUCGGCUGUUACCAGCAGAAAGGUUGCCAGAUUCAGAGAGUGGCAGUCACUACAGGAUCUUGAAUCGCUUUUUUCCAAAGAGGUUCUAGAUGUUAUUGUUUCCAACACAAAUGAUGUGGGCCCUUUGAGUCUUGAGAGUUUUAGAAAAAAUUUGUCUGCUUCAUGGAGAGUUGUUGGAUCAAAGGCUUCUGAUGCUACAAAUCAGGUUAACGAACCGGCAAACAAUGUUGGACAAGAGAAGCACGAUGGGAAGGAAGGAAGAUUUUCAGUUGGUCAUGCUCAGUGGACUGACACUCCUGCACAGCUAUCCAGAAGGCAACUAAUAGAGAAAAGGAAGGAAAAGCGUGCUGCUGAGUUGAUAAGAGAGGAUGAAGUAAUUGUAAAGCUUGAAAAUUCAGCUAUUGAACACUCGAAAUCUGUUGAUUCAGCAGUUCUUGGUAAAUACAACAUUUGGAGGAAAGAAAAUGAGAAUGAAAAUGCGGAUUCUACUGUACGGUUGAUGCGAGACCAAAUCAUUAUGGCUAAGGUUUACUUGAGUAUUGCAAAGAUGAAGGACAGUCUUCAACUGUACCAAGAAUUGGAAUUUCAGCUUAAAGGAAGUCAGCGUGCUUUAGGUGAGGCAACUUCUGAUGCUGAGCUAAAGCCGAGCGAUCAUGAAAAUAUAAAAACUAUGGGCCAUGUUCUUUCCAAGGCGAAAGAGCAAUUGUAUGACUGUAAGUUGGUUACUGGGAAAUUGAGGGCAAUGCUACAAACAGCUGAUGAGCGAGUUAGGGGCUUGAGAAAACAAAGCACGUUCCUUAGCCAGUUGGCUGCCAAGACCAUACCGAAUGGAAUUCAUUGCUUAUCUAUGCGCCUUACCAUAGACUACUUCCUCCUUCCUCUUGAACAGAGAAAAUUCCCUAGAAGUGAGAAUUUGGAGAAUCCUACUCUCUAUCAUUAUGCCCUAUUCUCGGACAAUGUCUUGGCUGCAUCUGUUGUUGUCAACUCAACUAUUGUGAAUGCAAAGGAUCCUUCAAAGCAUGUGUUUCACCUUGUUACUGAUAAGCUAAAUUUUGGAGCCAUGAACAUGUGGUUUUUGCUGAAUCCUCCUGGAAAAGCUACAAUCAAUGUUGAAAAUGUCGAUGAAUUUAAGUGGUUGAACUCAUCCUACUGCCCAGUCUUGAGGCAGCUUGAAUCUGCAACAAUGAAAGAGUAUUAUUUCAAGGCAGGCCAUCCAACUACUACUGGUGCUUCGAAUCUCAAGUACAGAAAUCCAAAAUAUCUGUCAAUGCUUAACCACCUGAGAUUCUAUCUUCCACAAGUUUAUCCUAAAUUGGAUAAGAUUCUUUUUCUUGAUGAUGACAUUGUUGUCCAGAAAGACCUGACUGGAUUAUGGGCUGUAAAUCUUAAUGGAAAUGUAAAUGGUGCUGUUGAAACAUGUGGGGAGAGUUUUCACCGAUUUGACAAGUACCUUAACUUUUCAAAUCCACAUAUUGCAAAAAAUUUUGAUCCAAAUGCUUGUGGUUGGGCAUACGGGAUGAACAUGUUUGAUUUGAAGGUGUGGAAAAAGAAGGAUAUCACUGGCAUAUAUCACAAGUGGCAGAAUUUGAACGAAGACAGGGUGCUGUGGAAGCUGGGGACAUUGCCUCCAGGGCUGAUGACAUUCUAUGGAUUAACACAUCCGCUAGAUAAAUCAUGGCAUGUGCUUGGUCUAGGUUACAAUCCAAGUGUAGAUCGUUCAGAGAUAGAUAAUGCGGCAGUGGUACACUACAACGGUAAUAUGAAGCCAUGGUUAGAGAUAGCCAUGACAAAAUAUCGGUCUUACUGGACCAAAUAUGUAAAAUUUAGUCAUCCCUAUCUUCAGAAUUGUAGGCUACAUGAAUGAUCCUGACAAUUAGGUCCUGAAGUCCAGAGAAACGCACUUUUUCUCUGAUCAAUACCCUUCCCCAUAUUCUUUCUAUCUUAGCAAUUUCAGAGUGAUAGGGUCAGUGCUUAUUCUGUGGUUACCCCUACAUCAUCUCUUUCCUAAGUCACUGUUUUUUGCUUUCAAUUAAUUUUAUUUGUUUACACUACCCUCACUGAUUUGAAACAAGGUACAUAAGUACUAUACCUUAUUUACUGCUAUAAAAUCCCUUCAUUGUAUACAAUACUCUGAUACUGAGACUGGACUAGAAAUAGAAUAACAAUUUUUAUGUAUUCUUUCAAAA